AUGACUUCUCUGCGCUACAGUCUCCUGCUGGGUCUCCUUGUGCUCCAGAUCUUUGUGACGGCAAAACAUGGAGAGUCUGAUGAUGAUCCAUCCAAGCUUUCCUUACAGUCUUUGGAGGAGAAGGAAACAGUCUUGCCCUGCCGCUAUGACCAGAGCGGAGUCAUAAUAGUUGAGGUUACCUGGUACAAGAUAAAGUCUGAUGGGACCAAGGAGCUAAUUAUCACUUCACACCGCACCGACGGCCAGACAGCUUUCGGGAAAUGGGAUGGCCGUGUGCGCUUCAAAAGCAGUCAACCCACAGUGGACUGGACUCUGGUCAUCAUAAGCACCAAGGUCUCAGAUGAAGGCGAUUAUAUGUGUCUCAUCAGUACCUUCCCAACAGGGAAUUUUGAGAAAGAGAUGUCUCUCAUCGUCUGGACUACUCCAAUCACUGACCUGGUUCUUCACGAUGUAAAGGAGGGUGACCCCUACAAGCAAGUGGCCUCCUGUCGCUCCGUCGCGCGCCCACCACCUCGGCUCUCUUGGGACACGGAGCUUAAUGGUCGGUCUGUAAACCGCACCUCUGAAAGCGGCCAAAUCUCCAUAAACUACUACCUGCACCCUGUGAGGGGUAUGAAUGGAAAGAAGCUGGACUGCUUGGUGUGGCAUCCAGCUUUUUCUGAGCCACGCAGGUUGAAAAGUGCUCUGGUGGUGCAUUCUGUUUUCACAGAGCCGGAGAUCUGUUAUGUGCCCCAGAUGUGUUACGUGCUGCUUGGCAUUCUUUUCCUGUACGGCAUCAUCCUGACUGCGCUCUACUGCAGAGUCAAGAUCCACAAUUCCAGAGAGGCCAGGGAACGCAAAGGAAAGUCACAGCAGACUGUCGAAGAGGGCAUAUAUAUGGGUCUGACUCCUCAUGCACAAGACACAUACGAAACCAUCAGCAUUAAGAAGUGAUCCCAUUUGGUUGCAAUGUUCU